AUACUACAGCCAUUUCAAUCCCGUGAAUGGCGUGUGACAGAUGAAAAUGCAGAGAAAUACUUACAAAGCGGGAACGAAUGACACGGACGACAGACUUGGGCUGUUCGAUGUUGCCAGCAAUGUCCUCUGGCCGUCUGCCGGAGAAGAAACCCAUCCUCGAGUCCAAAUAAUAGUCCGACUUCCAAACAUAAAACACUUUCCCAAUUCAUCUACACCCAUUGCUUAUUUUGACUUACGACGGCUGCGCACGAACAUGGGUACCUCCAGCGAACUCAACCCGCGCACCAAACAUUAUGAAUUCCUCGGACCCCUGGGUGCUCUCUUCAUUACCCUCGGUGUCCCUGCUACAACCUAUGCUCUAUAUUUUACUUGCUCUGAAUCUUCCGGCGGUUGUCCCCCGGCUCUAGAUACCCUCUAUCCCAAACUUGUCGAAGCUGUCACGUCGGAGGAUUGGUGGUGGUCAUUAUGGGACCAAGAAGCCGCUGUCGCAUACCUUGCGUGGUACGCGUACUGUGUGCUCGCAUGGCUCAUUAUUCCUGGCGAUUGGGUCGAGGGAGGUGUUAUGCGGAAUGGUCAGAAGAAGAGCUACAAAAUUAAUGCAUUCUCAACAUUCCUGCUCACUAUGGGCCUUACCACUGGUUUCAUCUAUCGAUUUGGCCCUGAAUCCUUCACCUUCAUCUAUGACCAUUGGGUCGGCUUUAUUACCGCAUCCAUCUUGAUGUCUGUUGUUCAAGGUCUUCUCUGCUACUUGGUGUCUUUCCGCAGCGGGGCUCUUCUCGCGUUGGGUGGCAAUAGUGGUAACCCCAUUUACGACUUCUUCGUUGGUCGCGAACUGAACCCUUCCCUUGGCUCAUUCGACCUCAAAUCGUUCAACGAGCUUCGUCCCGGUCUUAUCCUGUGGGUUCUGGCCGAUAUAAGCUGCGCUUGCAAACAGUAUGUCUCGCGUGGCGGAAAUGUCACCGAUUCCAUGUGGCUCGUUCUCGCAUUCCAGACUUGGUACGUCGUGGAUGGUCUUUACAACGAGCCUGCUAUCCUCACCACCAUGGACAUCACCACCGACGGCUUCGGCUUCAUGCUUGGCGUGGGUGACCUAGCAUGGGUACCCUUUGUCUACUCUCUGCAAGCGCGCUAUCUCGUCUUCAACCAAGUGGAGUUGGGGCCCAUCCACACCGCUAUUAUCUGCUUUGUCAACUUGCUCGGAUAUUACAUCUUCAGGGAUGCCAAUGGAGAGAAGAAUAAUUUCCGCAACGGGUUGAACCCCAAGAACUUGCAGUACAUGACCACUGAAAGCGGCUCGAAACUCUUGACGUCCGGUUGGUGGGGUCGCUCAAGGCAUCCCAACUAUUUUGGCGAUCUCUUGAUGGCCUUGGCUUGGUCUCUCCCGACCGGUGCUGAGACACCCAUCACCUACUUUUACGUGACUUAUUUCACUGUGCUUCUCAUCCACAGACAAAGACGCGAUGAUGCCCAUUGCGAGAAAAAAUAUGGCAAAGACUGGAAGAAAUACUGUGAGAUUGUUCCUUCCCGUAUAAUCCCUUACAUCUAUUAGCUUCCAUGUUAUGAUAUUCCGGGCUGUGUAUUACAAUUGACCCUGCUGUAGGUCUGCCAUGAGUGUCGACAAGACUGUUUUGCGUAAUGGGAUCCAGACUACAUCUCCUGAAGCGGGUCCUUGAGGAGCAUGUCAUUCGUCGCGACGAAAUUGUCUCGGGCAAUGGUGAAUAGUGUGCCAUACUCCACUGCAGUUUCCUGCACGUCUUGAGCAGAUGCACCUUCGGCCAUGGAUUCAAUUUGUCUCGUUGCAAGGAGUACAAAGAGUUUCUUGGCCUUCUCGGUUACAGACAAAAGGAUAUGUCGAGCUGCAACUUCGGUCAUGACGGCUGGGAUGCCACCGUCUGCGGCGCGUGCACGAGCAGCUCGGGUGUUGGUUCGAGAGGCUCCGGAGAUGGAGGAUCGGUCGGCGUAGGAGAGUUCGAAAUCGUAGGGUCGGAGGGUAGUUAGGUCGUGAUAGAGCCAGGCAUAUCCGCUGGAUUGUUUACGGCCUGACGAUUCGCCGAGGGACCACAAAAGGGGAAAUGCGAUAUUGUCGACGGAUGCUAAGAGAUGUACAUUUGGGUCACUAGCUAGGUUUGAAAGCAUGGCUUUCGCUUUGGUAGAGAGAAGUGAUGGGGAAUCAAUGUUGUGAAUAAGAAUGCAGAGGCGAGGGGAGGUUUCCGUAUGAUUCAGAACAUGGUGUAUGCGGUUGAAUUGUCCCUCGACGCCUCGUUGCGUUGAAGGCGCAGAGGACGUGUCGAGGACGUUCUCGAUAGAGUUCAGGAGGUCCUUUAUCGUAAAGUUUGGGUUAAAUGCGUUGGCCACAACUACGUGGACCUUCCUUCGCCUAUGUAUGUACUCCACAAAUGAGUUCAACACGUCUCUCUUGGAACCUGCGCCGUAGAAUAAUAGAUUGAAACCUUGCUC